GUACUGCGGCUGCGCGGCGGCGGCCCGGGCGCCGUCGGGCUGGGCGGCGGCGGGGACGGGAGCCGGCCGGAGCCUCGGUGCGAGCUGCGCGAGCCGGGCCGCGGCCACCAUGUCGGCGCCGUCGGAGGAGGAGGAGUACGCGCGGCUGGUGAUGGAGGCGCAGCCCGAGUGGCUGCGCGCCGAAGUGAAGCGGCUGUCGCACGAGCUGGCCGAGACCACGCGCGAGAAGAUCCAGGCGGCCGAGUACGGGCUGGCGGUGCUGGAGGAGAAGCACCAGCUCAAGCUGCAGUUCGAGGAGCUCGAGGUGGACUACGAGGCCGUCCGCGGCGAGAUGGAGCAGCUCAAGGAGGCCUUCGGACAGGCACACACCAACCACAAGAAGGUGGCCGCGGACGGCGAGAGCCGGGAGGAGAGUCUGAUCCAGGAGUCGGCCUCUAAGGAGCAGUACUACGUGCGCAAGGUGCUGGAGCUGCAGACAGAGCUGAAGCAGCUGCGCAACGUGCUCACCAACACACAGUCGGAGAGCGAGCGCCUGGCCUCGGUGGCGCAGGAGCUGAAGGAGAUCAACCAGAACGUGGAGAUCCAGCGUGGCCGGCUGCGGGAUGACAUCAAGGAGUACAAGUUCCGGGAGGCCCGCCUGCUGCAGGACUACUCAGAGCUGGAGGAGGAGAACAUCAGCCUGCAGAAGCAGGUGUCUGUGCUCAGGCAGAACCAGGUGGAGUUUGAGGGCCUCAAGCAUGAGAUCAAGCGUCUGGAGGAGGAGACCGAGUACCUUAACAGCCAGCUGGAGGACGCCAUCCGGCUCAAGGAGAUCUCGGAGCGGCAGCUGGAGGAGGCGCUGGAGACGCUGAAGACGGAGCGCGAGCAGAAGAACAGCCUGCGCAAGGAGCUGUCGCACUACAUGAGCAUCAACGACUCGCUGUACACCAGCCACCUGCACGUCUCCCUGGAUGGCCUCAAGCUCAGCGACGACGCCGAGGCCCUUGCCAACGGUUUCGAGCACGGUGCGCUGGCAAAGCUGCCGCUGGACAACAAGACCUCCACGCCCGCCAAAGACGGCCUCACCCCGCCGUCCUCCAGCCUCGUGUCUGACCUCCUCAGCGAGCUCAACAUCUCCGAGAUCCAGAAGCUAACGCAGCAGCUGUUGCAGAUGGAGCGGGAGAAGGUGGGCCUGCUGGCGACACUGCAGGACACGCAGAAGCAGCUGGAGCAGGCGCGGGGGGCCCUGUCGGAGCAGCACGAGGAGGUGAGCCGCCUCACGGAGAACCUGAGCGCUCUGCGGCGCCUGCAGGCCGGCAAGGAGCGGCGGGCGGCCCUGGACAGUGAGAAGGAGCACGACAGCCGUGAGGACGGCGACUACUAUGAGGUGGACAUCAACGGGCCCGAGAUCUUGGCCUGCAAGUACCGCGGGGCCUUGGCGGAGGCCAGCGAGCUCCGGGAGCAGCUGAAGGCCCUGCGCAGCGCGCAAGAGGCCAGCGAGGCCCAGCGUGCCGAGGAGAAGGGCCGGCACGAGGCUGAGAGCCAGGCGCUCAGUGAGAAAGUCUCCCUGCUGGAGAAGGCCAGCCGCCAGGACCGCGAGCUGCUGGCCCGGCUGCAGACAGAGCUGAAGAAGGUGAGCGACGUUGCAGGCGAGACACAGGGCAGCCUGAGCGCGGCCCAGGACGAGCUGGUGGCCUUCAGCGAGGAGCUGGCCAGCCUCUACCACCACGUCUGCAUGUGCAACAACGAGACGCCCACCCGCGUCGUGCUGGACUACUACCGCGAGGGCCCAGCCGGCCCUGGCCGCUGUAGCCCUGAGGCCCGCGGGCGCCGCUCACCCGUCCUACCCAAGGGGCCGCCAACCACAGAGAGCGGGGCUGGGGACAGCAGCCCCUCACCCGGGUCCUCACUGCCCUCGCCCCUGAGCGACCCGCGCAGGGAGCCCAUGAACAUCUACAACCUGAUCGCCAUCAUCCGCGACCAGAUCCGGCACCUGCAGGCGGCCGUGGACCGCACCACGGAGCUGUCGCGGCAGCGCCUGGCCUCGCAGGAGCUGGGCCCCGCCGCGGACAAGGACCGGGAGGCGCUGAUGGGGGAGAUCCUCAAGCUCAAGUCGCUGCUCAGCACCAAGCGGGAGCAGAUCACCACGCUGCGCACCGUGCUCAAGGCCAACAAGCAGACGGCCGAGGUGGCCCUGGCCAACCUGAAGAGCAAGUACGAGAACGAGAAGGCCAUGGUGACCGAGACCAUGAUGAAGCUGCGCAACGAGCUCAAGGCCCUCAAGGAGGACGCGGCCACCUUCUCCUCGCUGCGCGCCAUGUUCGCCACCAGGUGUGACGAGUACAUCACGCAGCUGGAUGAGAUGCAGCGGCAGCUGGCAGCCGCCGAGGACGAGAAGAAGACGCUCAACUCACUGCUGCGCAUGGCGAUCCAGCAGAAGCUGGCGCUGACCCAGCGGCUGGAGUUGCUCGAGCUGGACCACGAGCAGACCCGGCGGGGCCGCACCAAGGCCACCCCCAAGGCCAAGCCCAGCACCCCGAGCCUGUAGAGUAGCUGCCGGGAGGACUCAGCUGCCGGCCUGGUCACAGUGCAGCCCCCCUCCCCUCCCAUGGGCCCACGCAGAGGAAGGAAGGGCGGCCUAAAAGUCCACUUAGAAACAUUUUUGGAUGUGCCACUGCAAUUCUUUUCAAAAUAGCAUUCCCCGAGUUUAUAAUGGCAGAGGAAAAAAGCUUUAAUGUUGAGAAAGCCGCCAGCUGCUGCUUGGAAAGGCGUUUGUACAAGCGCCGAAGAAGUUACUUGGACAGCGACCGCCAGGCUCGCUUAGGAACCCGCUAGAAACACUCACCACUGGGGUCUCCCUAUUACAGAUACUCGUUUUUUAUCUGAUCAACCUGUGCACUUUUGAUAUUUUGAUAUUAUAUUUGCUUCCUUAAUCCCUCGCAGAGAGAUGGUCUCAGAUGCCGUGGUCUGUCUCGUGGUUCUGUAGCCCUCCGUCUUAGCUCCCAGCGUGUUGAUUCACAUCAGCACCUGGCACAGAUGUGUCACUCUAGGCUGUUUAGAUGAAGUCGUCGACCUGGCAAGGAGCUCGGCUAAACUGUGGUUCUGCAGCCUUUUAGAUAAUACGGCAUUGUGGUUCAUGUUUGAAAUUACAGAUUUUAAAUGCCAUGUUCAUUAAGAAAUCCAGGGUAUUCCAAUUCUGGGGCUUUUCAUAUUGUAUUAUUAUUAUUCUUAGGAAUAGUUCAAUGUAACAAGAAGAAAACUUGACCUUUGCUCUGGUUAAACAGUAACGGGCACUUGAAAACAAAGAUAAAUUAUUGAAAUGAGUAGUAUUACCUACAGAUGCCAGAGUUUUCUGGGUUUUAGGACAUUGUGAAGCAUGACCGAUUAACAGAAUUUUAUACAACUGUACCAGUGAAAUUCCAAAUUGGAAUUGUUUUGUUACUCUGGUUGUUGUGCCAAAUUGUGGUACACUUAGAAAAUUCUACAGUCAUUGAUUUUUAGGGUGUUCUAUUUCAACGCCUUUUUGUUAGUAAUCAUUGCCAGUAGUGCCUUCAUCAGGGAAGUGUCCCAGUGUAGUUCGUUCUCGAAGACAGAGAGUGAAGAGCUAGUUGGGAAUGUUGAAGGCUGGUGUGGAUCAGUUGGUGUGAAUGAGCACACACCUUCACACCUGUACCUGGGCAUCUUCACGGGGGAAGAAAAGAGCAAUUGUGCAAAAUUCUGUUAGUCAGUGAUUCUUCACCGUGCAGCUUCAGGGGCUGAGACGAUGAGCGUGAACACAACCCUUGAAUGUGCUCUGGGAACCAGACGGACUGGAUGGACGAGCUAAGCAAGCUGUGUGAACAGCACUCCACGUUUGUGAAGAGCAGGGCGGCAGGGGGCCGCUGUCUGCCUCAUGCGGUGGGGUGAGGGCUAGCCAUGGUAUUCUUUGCAAAUGUGAGAAAGAGACGUUAUGUAUUCUCUUGCUUGGUGUAACUAAUCACUGCUCAUUCCAGGAAACGGGAUUCGCUAAAGCUCCUUAGCAAACCAGGUGUGCAUCCUGUCCGAUUUGCUGAGUGAGGUUGUGCGAAUGGUCAAAUUGGUACUCGCAGAGGAAGAAGAAAAAGUGUGUUCCCUCCUCCAAAAUAAAGGCCAAAUUAUAAUAAUAUAAGUAGCAAGAACAAAAGAAUUCUGUUUCCUGGAAUAAGCGUUUCUUAUUCCUAGUUGUAGGGACCCCUAUUUUUAUCUUCUGUUACAGUGUUGAUUUAUAAGAAAUAAUGUUACAGUUACAAUAACUUCAUCUGUAUGGGGUAUUUAUUUGCAAUGAUGUCUGAGUACUGUAUUUUUUUCUGUGCAUCACCUUAGUGUCAGAAUGUUGUCUUUAUUUUAAGAUCAUAUGCAUGUUCUCCUGCCAAGGAACCUCUACACAGACCCAAACAAACAAACAAAAA